AAAGAUAAAAUAAAGGAAACUGGGCCGUGAAAGAAUUUAUUUAUGUUUAGUAUGAUAUUGCCAGGGUUUAUAAGGUUGUACUUUGAAGCUUUUUCCAUCAAAUUUAGUCAAGUAAGGAUAUAUAAAUACUAGGACAACUCUUCACCGCGUGGAAGUCUCGUAUAAUUAUUUUAGGAUCAUUUAUAAUUUAUUUAACAUAUUAAAUACGGUGUUUCUUUAAAGCGAAACGAUGACUAUAUUACUAUGCUCUAGUACUAUAUUCUAUAUUCUAGUUGUGUCUGUUAUUUUAUUUAAUUUUACGGUUUGCCAAGAAUGGAACAGUGGUUUGCAACAAAGGUACGAUGGAUAUGGGGUAGAUUGGAUUUUUAUGCCUGAUGGAAAUGAUCAGCCUCAAGUUGCGGUACUGAGACACACAGAAAAUGAUGAACGAGGCAUUUUUGAUGACUCACAAGUUUCUUACGUCCUUUAUACUCGAUCUGGUCCAGAAAAUGGUACUCAAUUAUAUACGAACGAUACUAAAGGACUUCACAACUCUAAUUUUGAUCCGUCUCGCCAAACUAAAUUUAUAACACAUGGAUGGAAAUCAAGUGCAAUGAAUGCUGGCCUCGUUGAUAUGAAAGAAGCGUAUUUAAAGUAUAACAAUUAUAAUGUCAUUAUGGUUGAUUGGCAACCUCUGGCUGCAAGUACAUUCUACCUUGGACCAAUGCGUAAUACAGAAAGGGUGGGAAGAAUAUCUGCUGAAUUUAUCGACUUCUUAGUGGCAGAAACAGAACUUAAAACCGAAAAUAUUCAUUUUAUUGGGCAUUCUCUUGGAGCGCAUGUAGCUGGUAACACCGGAAGUUUAAUAACUUCCGGACACUUAGGAAGAAUAACCGGCUUAGAUCCCGCUUUGCCUGGAUUUCACUUGCUUACAUCGGAUAAAACUCGAUUAGAUCCUACAGACGCGAUGUUUGUCGAUAUUAUUCAUUCUUGUGGUGGAGUUUUAGGCUAUUUGCAACCUUUAGGAAGCGUAGACUUCUACCCAAAUGGAGGAACAGCUGUUCAGCCUGGUUGCUGUUGUAUUCCAGAAAUAAUGGAGGCAUGUAGUCAUGGUCGAGCACGUGUAUAUUUUACCGAAAGUAUUGGUUCUAAAACUGGGUUUGUGGCGAGUAAGUGUGAUACAUGGGAUCAAUUUAUGCAAGGAAGUUGUAAUUAUUCCAAAACUACACUACUAGGAGAACAUGUUGAUAAAAUGGCGACUGGAACCUAUUUUCUCACAACAAGAUCUGAACCCCCUUAUUCUAAUCAAAUGGAAAUAACUGAUAAUACGAUUUAAAUAAAAUAUUUG